CUGCGCUGCCAGCUGAUCGGGAGGAGAAGCCGGUAUGAGGGGAGUUGAAGCAGAGCCUCGGGACGCAGCGAUGUGUUGGCUAGACUGUCAAAUUUAACAUCGACAGGGUUUUAUAGUGUCGUGUUAUAGUUAUGUAACGGCAUUAUUCGUUAUUCCUUUAGCACUCUUUUAACUUGCUGAAGUGACUCGCUUUUAAGCUUUAAGAGUCAAGCUUUAGCUUUGAUGUCAGGAGUGAUUUGGGGUUAAGGUGUGGCUUUCGGCAAAAAGGCAAUUUAGUGUGCCAGAACUUAAAAUGCAGGCUGCUUUAUGGUAUUCGCGAGAAUUUGUCUGUCAUUGGUUGGAUUGAAAGAGAUAUUUAAAUCCAGGAAGCGUUUGAUUACACAACGGAACCUCUGAUCGACCUGAAAAUGUUACGAAGCGGAAUUUAAUCCGUUGUAACGUUCAUUGUAACUUUUAGCAAGUGUGAAAAUCCAAUGUGAUUUGAAUCCGUUACAUAGGAACGAAUGAGAACUGUGUUAAUAGAUUUUAACAGAAGAGCUCGCGACGCGGUCAGCAGGGAAAGCGCACAGUUCAGAGUUGAGCCGCACAGGGCGUGAGCCGUCCUUUAGUCUGUGUGAGGGGAAAACUCAUCGCGAAAUGAAGGAUGUCGUGCGUAUGUAAGAUGAUAUCUGGAAGUCGCACCGGUUACCAUCACGAGUCACGACAUACGAAUCGAUCUUCUAAAAACCGAGACUUCUGCCAGUUGAAAGUCUAACAUCUGGAGAGAAGACCUCAGUUUCAGUGCCAUCAGUAACUUAUGUCAUUGAAUGGAUUUCGUCCAGCUGUUGAAGGAAGUGUCCCACAGUUUCGUAUUUCAUCAGAUCAGCACGCUGUCACAUUAUGAAAAGGUGGGAGAAAGGGACAACUAGAGUUUGAGGUUUGCAUCAUUUUGAUGAUGCACCCAGCGUUCUCCAGGCAGGCACACGCGAACUGCGCAGCAUGCGUGGGUGAACUGACGCAGUCUCCAUGAGUCACUCUGACAACAGUCCUCACUUACAGCAUCAUUAAUGUUGUUUUACGUCUGCGACAGGAAAUGCAGGAUACCAGCGAGACAACUGUGGCCAAUAUUUUUCAGAAGGUUACAAAACACAUAUUGAACAGUCUAAUUGGGGUUCUGAUAUGUACGCAAUGUUCUCACAUGGCUUGUAAAAACUAUAAUUGCAUGUAAUCGAAUGGCUCUCUUCUGUAAUCCAGAGCAAUCUUACAAAACUAUAAAGCAAAAGGGUCAUUCCAAGCUUUUUUCUCUGCUGGAGCUCAGGCAACAAAUGCUUGAACACACCCCUAGAGAUCCAUCUGUCUGCCACAUGUUUGCAAUAGGGUCACAGAGUCCAAACUCUACAUCCCAUUCUGGGAGAUGCCUGCAGACCACCGUGAUGGUUUAUCUGAGAUGAACAUACAUAUUGAUGGCUUGUUCAUCAAUGCUUCCUAGAAGCUUCUAGAGACUUCUGGUUGGUUGUGGUGUAAAAAUGCUGAGGAAAGCCCUUCUGUGGAUGAGCCUAAUCCUGUUAUUCCAGGCUUCUUAAUCCAAAAGAGCCAGUCGGUCUUUAUAGCUUUUCAACCACCUGCUGUGCCAACAAACACAUUACAUACUGUACCUUCCAGUAUAUACAGAUCUCCAACUAUAUACUUGACAACAUGGAGGAUAGCAUAAAGCUAGGGCUUGAAGGGAUCAGGAAGACCAUCUUGCAUGGAGGAACCGGUGAGAUGCCCAGAUUUGUCACAGGAACUAAGGUGACUUUUCACUUCUGUACCCAGCUCUGUAAUGAUGAGCGCACCUUAAUAGAUGACAGUAAGAAGGCAGGUACACCCAUGGAAAUGGUAAUUGGGAACAUGUUUAAACUGGAUGUCUGGGAAACUCUGCUGACGUCCAUGCGCAUAGGGGAGGUGGCUGAGUUCUGGUGUGAUGUCAUUCACACAGGGUUGUACCCCAUAGUGGCAAAGAGCCUGAGGCGCAUUGCAGAGGGAAAGGAUCCGGUGGACUGGCAUAUUCAUACCUGUGGAAUGGCAAAUAUGUUUGCAUAUCACAGUCUGGGCUAUGACGAUCUGGAUGAACUUCAGAAAGAACCACAACCUCUUUACUUUGUAAUGGAACUACUAAAGGUACAGCAGCCCAAUGAAUAUGACAGAGAGUCAUGGGCUCUAAAUGACGAAGAGCGUCUUAAGGCAGUACCUGUGCUCCACGGUCAAGGAAACAAACUAUUCAAACAGGGCCGCAUUGAAGACGCCACUAUGAAAUAUAAAGAAGCCAUUGUUUGUAUCAAGAAUGUGCAGUCAAAGGAGAAGGCAUGGGAAGCUCCCUGGCUAAAAUUGGAGAAAAUGGCCAAUACUCUCACUUUAAAUUACUGUCAGUGUCUCCUGCGCAUGGAGGAGUACUACGAGGUCAUUGAACACACGUCUGACAUCAUCAACCAACACCCUGGCACGAUGAAAGCCUUUUAUCUCCGUGGCAAAGCGCACAUGGAAGUGUGGAAUGAAGCAGAGGCAAGAGCGGAUUUCCUGAGAGUGCUGGAUCUGGAUCCACGAAUGAAAAAGGCUAUUAAGAAGGAGCUAGCAGUGCUCAAAAUGCGUAUGGAGUUAAAAAACGAGGAGGACAGACUGAGAUACAAGGGAAUGUUCACAAAAAUAUCAGGGGUGGAAGAAACUCCGGAGUUAGAGACUGCAGAGCGAGAGAUUCCCGAGCAAUCAUCUCCAGAAGAAGAAACUUCUGCUGGAACAACUCAAGAACAAAAGAAUCCAGACAGAGAAUCUCUGGAAGAAACAUCUGAAGAACAAACAAAUCUAGAACAAGCAAGUUUAUCUCCAACAAAACCUUCAGAAAUUAUUGUGGAACAACCAGCAGAAGAUGUGACUCCAGAACCAAAUACUACAGAACAAGCUAUUCUAGAAGAAACAAAUCUGAGUCACAUGAUUCUGGAGCAGUCACCUUCUGAACAAACAACUCCAGAGCAAAACUAGCAUCCCUGGGACCAAUAUCUUCAAUACAAAUGACUCCAAAUCUGACAACACUAUUUGAAGAAUCUUAAGAGAGGUGCAACAAUGAUGCUUU